AUGGUCGUACUCGUGGUUUGCCUCUAUCAAGCUUCCCUUUGGGGUCUUCCGUCUGUCCGAAAAAAGUCCCUCCUCCAGCAGCCGGUUCGGGCCAGUUUCAUCAUACCAUUCGCUCAUGCACAGAUAUCGUCUCCUUUUGCAACAAGCGGACGGCAGAAGGACAAAGUCUACCUCUCUCGAAUGGGCCAAGCGAUUUGUCAAAUUAUGCCAAAUUUGACAGAAUCUGUCAAACAGCAUCAAGUGAGUGGAAUGGAAAUGACUGUGCCGCGAAUGGGGGCGGGACAGAGUAGAUGGGAUGGGAGACACUUCGGUGACUGCCCUCCAACGUCACGGGAUGCACCGAGGCUGGAGGCUAUUGUGCUCCAGCGAGAUCCUGUCUUGAACUGCAUAAAAAGUCAAUUCAGCCCAUUUACCUAUUCGGAUGGGCAUAAAAGGCAGGUUGGCCAAGCUGCUUCCAAUGGCACUGGAACAAUUGGUGUUGGAGGCUGA